UGGCGAUGACAACGGCGGCUGCAACUGAAGCAGCGCAGUUCUCUCGGUCCCGGCUUCCUUCUGCUGAACGAGGCAGGUUUCUGCAGUUAGCCGAACGAUGAAAUCUUCAUGUCGGGCUUUGCUGGCAUGGCUCACCAUCUGCAUUUUCUGUACGCCGACGUGGUCUCAGGAACACGCGGCCGGCCACUCAGGCGCUGCACGGUUCCCGUGGGAGAGGAUGAACUCCACAGGCACCGACUUGGUAUUCCUUCUCGACCGGUCCGGGAGCGUGGGUCACGCGGGCUUCGAGACGGAGCUGACGUUCGUCGACAACUUCCUCAACUACUUUGAGGUGAUGCCCAACGCCACGCGCGUUGCGAUCGUCUCCUUCAGCGACAAAGUCGUUGUGCAUGCCGACUUCCUCAAAGAGCCCGACAACAAGUGCAAACUGUCGAUGCUCAAGCAAGAUGCAAUCAAGAACUCUGACUAUUACGGCACCAACACGGGCGCCGGUCUCCGCGAGGUUCGCGAGAUAUUCAGAAACAGCCGUCAGCAUGCGCACAAGGUUCUCGUGCUGGUGACAGACGGCAUGCCGACGGUGGGGCCCGAUCCAGUGGUAGAGGCGAAUGAGCUGAAGAAUGCAAACGUCGAGAUAUUCGUGUUCGCCAUCGGAAAAAGCAUCAUUAAUCGAGUUCUCCUAGGGCUGGCAUCGUCCGAGCGCCACCUCUUUGAGUGCGACGACGUCGUCGACUUCCGGAGGAGGUUUGAUCUGGAUGGCGCGAGAGACCGGUGGCAAGCGUCGGAGAGCCCGCAGAACUGCGACCACCUCUGCAACAGCCCGUACCGCGGACAGCAGGACGACCCGGGUUGCUGCAGAAGGAACGCCGUCUGCGGCUGCGACCUCUCCACGGGAGCGAGCGGCUGUCUCUGUGGACCGGGGUUCUACGGGGACGGCCUUCAUGGCGAAUGCACGCCGUGCAAACCAAACACCUACAAGGAGACCUACUACGAGGAGAGUUGUCAGCGCUGUCCAGAUCACAGCGAGAUAAAAACCGAGGGCAGCCGCUCGCUCAAGGACUGCACAUGCAAAAUUGGCUACGUGGGAGGUCCAGCCAGUGGGAAGCCGUGUGUCCCCGUCACCUGCCCUCCGCUCCAAGCUCCAGAGCACGGCCGACUGGAAGGGCCGUGCGACACCUCCUACGGGAGCGAGUGCUUGCUCGCGUGCGAUCCCGAGUAUGAGCUGACGAGCGGCGAAGAUGACUUUGACAGCCGGACCUGUCAGGGCGAUGGCACCUGGAGCGGAAAGACGACUGUCUGUCAAGAGAAGCAGUGUGGUAUGCCUCCCCUGCCAGACAAAGGGCAUUAUAAAGCCUGUAACGGCCCUUGGAAGCUGAAUGACACCUGUUCAUUCCAAUGCGACACGGGCUAUACUCUCAAGGGUUCUUCAUCGAGGAACUGCACGGAGUGGGGCUGGUCGGGCGAUGAUUUCACCUGCGAAGCCGUGCAAUGCCCGCCUCCUGCCCCGAUACGAAACGCGGUACCUGCCGGUGACGUCAGAGGAAGAAAGCCCUACACCUACCUCGAGUACUUCCAGGUAACAUGUCUGGAAGGUUUCGAGCGAGAGGGCCCUGCAGUCCUGAUAUGUGGCGACAUGGGCCGCUGGAUCGCCGGUGCCCAGAACCCAAAUGAUGCAAGGUGUGUCGACAACCAGAAGCCCCGGAUAACUUGCCCUAGGGACAUCAAGGUUGCUGCCGAUCCGGGAAAGAAUUCCACGAGUGUGUCGUGGCCGGAACCGACGUACUCCGACAACGACAAAAGCAAGCGGCCCUUGUUGACUCCCCCGCACCACAGCGGAGCACGUAGGUUCAGCAUAGGCACCCACAAGAUUACGUACACGGUCACCGACGGCGUUGGACUCAACGACACUUGCACGCUCGUCAUCACCGUGCUUGACCAAGAAAGGCCUCAAGUGAGGACAUGUCCUGACGACAUCGACCUCAACACGACAGAAAAUGAGGUUAAAGUCACAUGGGAAGAGCCGGUCUUCGCUGACAACUCCGGCAAUCUGACUAUCAAAAAACCGAAGCGAAAAUCUGGCUCCGUGUUCGAGAUGGGAACUCACAGAAUCACUUAUACAGCGGAGGACGGCAGCGGAAAUCGCGCGACCUGCGUCUUCCAUGUGAACGUGUGGCGCAGCAAGUGCCCGUUCCUCGCCGCACCGCUUAAUGGCGCGCUAGCGUGCGACGAGCAGUACUACGCUAUGUUCUGCCAGCCUUUGUGCAACGAUCGCUUCGAGUUCCUCAGCGAGCCGGCUGACACGUACUUCUGCGACAGCAGCCUGCAGUGGAAGACCAUGCCCCCGAACAUGGCUGUGCCGUGGCCCGACUGUGCUGCGAAAUCGUCACCGGUGCAGGCAAAGAAAAUGUACCGCGCCCACUACUACUACAAAGGAGACUGCCGGGAAGCCAGCGUACAGAAGAGGAUCAGGAAGGCCUUCACCAGAAACUUUGAGAUCGUGAAGAAAAACGUUUCGUUUUGCGCCUCCGAGAAAGCGUGCAAUAUUACCACCGUGGCCGUAACGUGCGGUAACCUGACGGAGCCGCACGCGUACGAAGCAGCGGAUGGCCGAGGUGGCCACCGGUGCACGAGGUUGGCGAGAAGUGCAGUCCGGGAAGCCGUUGGUAACACCUCAAUCGCAGCGGUUGACGCCGAAUUCGUGCUCGAAGUUGGCAAAAGCAAUGCAGAUGCUUUUGGAAACGAAACGCAAGGACUCUCCGCAGCAGUGGACACAAUUCUGGACGCCAUCGGUGAAAUCGAUCCAUCUGUACUGAACGAAGUGAGCAGCGAGGAACACCUGACUAUGGAAAUGCGCCUGAAAGAUUACUACGCUCGAGACUUCGCCAUUGUCUGUGCGGACGGAGAAGCACUGAACGGCGAUGGAGACUGCGUCAAGUGUCCGAAAGGAUCCUUUCACGACCGCACAGCGGCCUUCUGUUCUCCCUGUCCCAUGGGAACUUACCAGGACCAAGACGGUGCCGUGUCCUGCAAACCAUGUCCCGAAGGCGCUGUCACCUUCGCUUCCAAGAGUACGAGUGUUGAUGACUGCCAAGUGCCAUGUGCUCCGGGCACAUUCUCCAGAAACGGGCUUGGAACAUGUCGUGCCUGCCCUCCGGGAACGUACCAGGACAAACACCAGCAGGUGCAGUGCAAAACCUGUCCCGAAGGAUCCUCGAGCGAGGCCUAUGGCAGUGAUCGGAUCACCGACUGCAAAAAGUACUGUGAGCCGGGAACGUACUCGGAGAGUGGCCUAGAACCCUGCGCUCCAUGCAAGAGGGGAUUUUACCAGGAGAUGAGUGGUCGGAAAUCAUGCGUCGAGUGCCCGGUUCCGAAAACAAACCUCCACGAAGGAUCGCAAUCCAGCUAUGACUGCGUCGAAAUUAACCACUGCGCUUCUAACCCAUGCUUGAAUGGAACAUGCGUCACUCGCCAGCACGACUUCAUCUGUAAGCAGGAUUGAGAGAAUGUAAUGAAUGUAAUGAAUGUAAUGAAUUGAGAGAAUGUAUUGUAAUAAGAGAAAUGUAACAAGUUAUAAAUAAGGAGCGGUUUAGGUCACAAGACGACGCGCGUUUCGUAAUAAAAGCGCGCCAAGGUGGCUACCGUAUGUAGCCAAGGUGUAUUUCUUCACCGACAAAAAUGGCAGUCCUCGUUUUGACGGUGAUUUACGAGUGCUAUUCGUAGAUUGAAGGAAUUCGGGCUGUUGUGGAAUGACGCCACAUGCCAUCAUUUUAGCUCUAUCUCUUAAAUACCGUAUCAUCUACUGGGCGCACCGCCAACGCGUCUGCUGU